AAUACAGCGACGAAGAAGUAGGCCGCACGCAGGUGGACGGUAAUGGCGGCGUGCCGGGGUGCGUCGUCCAAAUGGUUUUUCACCCGAGAACAACUGGAGAACACGCCGUCACGCCGGUACGGAAUAGAACCGGACAGGGAGCUUUCAUACCGGCAACAAGCGGCGAAUCUGAUUCAAGAAAUGGGUCAGAGACUGAACGUCUCUCAAUUAACAAUAAAUACAGCUAUUGUUUACAUGCAUAGAUUUUAUAUGCACCACUCUUUUACCAAAUUUCACAGGAAUAUAAUUUCUCCUACCACCUUAUUCUUGGCUGCUAAAGUGGAGGAGCAACCUCGAAAGCUCGAACAUGUGAUCAAAGUUGCACAUGCUUGCUUAAACCCCCAAGAGCUGCCUCUAGACACAAAAAGUAAUGCAUACCUCCAGCAAGCUCAAGAGCUGGUGAUACUUGAAUCCAUAGUGCUGCAGACUCUUGGCUUUGAAAUAACUAUUGAUCACCCACACACUGAUGUGGUGAAAUGUUCCCAGCUAGUGAGAGCAAGCAAGGAUCUGGCACAGACAUCCUAUUAUAUGGCUACCAACAGUCUACUCCUGACUACCUUCUGCCUCCAGUACAAGCCCACAGUUAUCGCCUGUGUAUGUAUCCAUCUGGCGUGUAAAUGGUCCAACUGGGAGAUUCCAGUUUCCACGGAUGGGAAACACUGGUGGGAAUAUGUAGACAACUCUGUCACUCUGGAGCUGCUUGAUGAGUUGACACACGAGUUUCUGCAGAUUCUGGAGAAGACGCCGAGCCGAUUAAAAAGGAUACGCAACUGGAGGGCCACACAAGCUGCUAAAAAGCCCAAGACUGAAACUGCCCAGAUGGGAGAUAAUUCCUUUGUUGGGCCUUCCAUACUCCAAGAACAUAACCUGAGUGAUUCUUCACUCCCUGGAGUCUCCUUUUCAAACCCAAACUUUUCCAAGUCAGGCUCUGCCUUCCCUGUGUCCAUGCCUGGCCAGUCUGGAGGUGUGCCCCUGUCUCUGGACGCGAUGGCUGGCACGUACAAUCCAUCUUGCCACAGCGAAUGGCCCCAGGGCAACCAAAGUCAAGCAGUUUACCUUUCCACAUGUUUAAAACAGGAUUCAGUCAGCGUUCCUCACCAAGGGCCAACACUGCCCUUACCAACCUCCACAUCUUCUUUGCUUCAUCAUCCACCUUUAUACAAGACUGAGAAAAUGGACUUCAACCCUGUUAAGCAUGAACAAAAAGGAGCUGGUGGGAGUGUAGCAGGAAAGCAUCAACUCGCUGCCACUCAGCUCCCUCCACCACAGCCUUCUCCAGCUCAGAAGCUCUCCCUUGAGAAGUACAGAGAGAAACAUGUUGCAGAGCUGGUAGCAGCUGGACAGAAACGCAGGCAAGAGCAACAUGGUGGACUAAUGGAGUGCGAUGCAAGGGAGGAUUCUUCUUCCAUCUCCACAUGCGCACCAUUCUCUGCAAGCCAGUUAGACCAUAGAAAACAUUCACAGACCCACCAAAUAUCCCAGCAUGCCUAUGGUAGUAGCAGCAUCAGCACUGCCUCCCCAAUGAAAAAGGUCCCUUCUCACUCAUCCACAGGACAAGAUAGACGUCACCACAGUGAUAAACGGGACAAAGGGGCGAGCUCACUCAAACUUCGUCUGGCCGUUCCUGGGUCUGCCAGUAGCUCUCAGUUAGAUAAAAGUGGACAACUAAGCAAGGACGACUUGAAGAUGAAACUCAAGGUUUCGUCAUCUGAACGCAACAGCUCAUCAGACGAAGGCAUGGCAGCCAACAACAAGAGUAAACAUUCCAGUCCUCUAGUGAGCAAGGACAAACAGUAUCGUGGAGCAGAGCACGCCUCACACCGCCACCACAAGCAUAGCCACGGUCACACACACAGCGGGAACGGGCGAGGAGGUCCCGAGGGUCACGGAGGAGGUGGGGUGCUGCUGCAGAGUCCACUGGGACUUGUUAGCAUGGAACGGGCCCCCGCUGCUCCGGUGUCCACCACAUCGUCAUCCCGCAAGAGGCCACACGCUGAAGUCAACCACCACCCUUCUUCCUCAUCCUCGUCUUCUUGCUCCAAAGUGAGCAAAAUCUCCAAGGGUAGCAGUGUUGCUGCAGGUGGGCUACGGACCUCACAGCAGUAUCCGCCUAGUGACUUGUCACAUGAGUUGGGAGACCAGAGACAUUGAGUCCACCGCUCCGCAGCCGCGACCAGCACACAGAAAUGACAACAAACUACCCACAGUUUAGACUUGUGCAGAAUAUGCUGUAUUCCUUGUUAAGUGCCCUGAGAUGAUAAACCCUUUACUGAAUGGUAGAAGAAGAAGGAAAAAAAGAAUCUGCAGACAUGUUGGAUUUAAUUCCUGAAAAAUGAAAACCAGUGCUUCCUGACCAUCAGAACUGAGUGGUGACACUCAGUUGUGUCUGUCUGUGAGUCAAUUUGCUGCUUUUGCCUCCUUCCUGUUCACGUGGGUCUAGGAAUUAUCCAGUGGUUGUUGUCAUAGGGGAGUACACCCUAAUCUCCAUGUCGCAAAACAGAAGUAUUGCCUGUAUUAUUAAAACAAAAAAAUAAUAAUAAUGCAUGGAAGGGGUGCACUUUCAUUUUCUUAUGUUUAUUUGAAUUAGUUAUUUAACUCGAACACAUUUCUGGAGUUGUGUGGAGGAAAUCUGUGGCCAGCUGGAGAUGAUGGCAUUCCAUUUAUGUUGCGCUUAUUUUUUAAGGUGUAAAAUUUCAUCUCCCGAAAUACCUUUGUUUGGUUUGUAUUUGCAUAUGAUUUGCAUGUUUCAAUCAAAGGGAUUUAAAACAACGCUAACUUGCUGUUUACAGAAAAUGGAGAUAAUUGUACAUACGUUUUUGUAUGUUUAAAGUAAAAAAGAUAUACGACUACUCAGGUUUGUUGCUGCUUGUAAGUAUGACAAGAUAACUAUUUUAUCUUU